AUGUUCCAAAUGUGUGGCUAUCGUAUCGUCCCUAAAUCUUCAGCAGCAUCGGUUUCUCUAUUCAUUGAGGAAAAGGGCACUGAAGCCUUUCCCAGAAUAGGGUUGAAAGAAGAUGAGUUUCUGGUAUUGCUUCUUCAUGCUGCAGUUACUCUUAUUAACAGCUGCACGAUUGAACAGCUGGAGAAGAUCCCAAGGAAGCUCUCUGAAAGUUUACUGCUUUAUUUUAAAAAGCUAUGGGCAGAUGCACAUAAACAGAUGUUAUGUGGGAACAUUCUGAAAUUUAACCAGGGGAGACAUUCUUAUGUAACCAAUAUCAGAACAAAUACUCUAGCAGAAAACAUUUUCAGGCUCUCCAUAAAUGCUGGGCAAUUCACAAGACCUUCCAACUUCAAGAAAGUCGAGAGAAGCAUUUUCAGUUCAAGUGGGACUACUUUUGAAGAUUUUGUGUUGAACCAUUGGGAGGUAUCUCCUUUGCUUAUGAGGAGGCCUUCAAAAGCUUUGACUAAAGAAGAUGAUAUUUUCAGUUCGUUUCUACAACAUCUUAGCUCUGAAGGAGUUCUUUCUUUUAUUCAUUCAAUCCUCCAAAAUCUUACUUCUUGUCCAGCAAUAGCUUCGGAUGAGCUAAGUGUCCUUAGUUUUCUGAAGGAGGUGGAAAAUCAUCUAGGAUGUCCCAUAAUUUACCAACAGGACAUUCGGGUCCUAAAAACAGAGCAUUCAGAAAGAGAGAUGCAUUACUUUCAGGAGUGUUUAGGGUCUAGUUGCUCCCAGGCUCCUCAUUUUCUCUAUAUGGACAAUGUUUUGAGAUGUAAAGAAGCAUACAAAGAGGGAUACACAAUUACACUGCGUGGCAUGGAGUUUCGCUUUGAAAGUAUUGCUGCUAUUGCGGAUGGGUUAGCAUCUCUGUUUGGUCAACCAUCGGCAGGUGUGAAUAUGUACCUGACACCACCUGAUUCUCAAGGUUUGGCUCGUCACUAUGAUGAUCACUGUGUGCUUGUAUGUCAACUUCUUGGAGUCAAAAAAUGGAAAGUUUUUUCCUCAGUAUAG